GCCCACCGCCGCGAUGGACGGAGACGGUGACCCAGAGAGCAUGGGCCAGCCUGAGGAGGCGAGCUCGGAUGAGCAGCAGCAGGAGGAAGGGUGCCCGGGCGCGGCGGAGGAGAGCGCCGGGGACGAGGCGGAGGCGGAGGCGGAGGCGGAGGCCGCCUACCUGGCCGAGCUGCCCGAGCCGCUGCUGCUGCGCGGGCUGGUGCCCGAGGGCGGCUCGGAGGACGAGCGCGACCACUGGCAGCAGUUCUACUUCCUGAGCAAGAGGCGGCGCAACUUGCUGCGCAACCCGUGCGGGGAAGAGGACCUGGAGGGCUGGUGCGACGUGGAGCACGGCGGGGACGGCUGGCGCGUGGAGGAGCUGCCCGGAGACUGUGGGCUGGACUUCGUCCACGACGAGAGCGUCAAGAAGUUCUUCGCCUCCUCCUUUGAGUGGUGUCGCAAAGCGCAGGUCAUUGACCUGCAGGCCGAGGGCUACUGGGAGGAGCUGCUGGACACCACUCAGCCGGCCAUCGUGGUGAAGGACUGGUACUCGGGCCGCAGCGACGCCGGCUGCCUGUACGAGCUGACCGUGCGGCUGCUGUCCGAGCACGAGGACGUGCUGGCCGAGUUCAGCACCGGGCAGGUGGCAGUGCCGCAAAUCAGCGACAACGGAGGCUGGAUCGAGGUCUCGCACACUUUCACCGACUACGGGCCCGGCGUUCGCUUCGUCCGCUUCGAGCACGGGGGACAGGACUCCGUCUACUGGAAGGGCUGGUUCGGGGCCCGCGUGACCAACAGCAGCGUGUGGGUGGAGCCCUGAGUGACCCCUCCUCCAGCUUCCCCCGGCUGCCCUGGAGGGGCGAGGCCUGGGGUCCAUAGGCCUUAGUGGUAGCCCCCUCACCUUUCCCAUCCCGUGCACUCCCCCCAUCCCCACCCUCGCCCCUUCCUCCAAGCCCAGCUCCCACACAGGUAGAAAAGGGCUUUGUUGGCAUAGUUUUGCACCUGGAAAAUAAGAUAGGUGAAGGCUUGGGCCUGGACUGGGGCGUCCCCUGAGUUCCCCACCUCUAGCACAGUGCCUGCCAUAAAGUGGACAUUCAAUAAAUAUUAUUUGUUCA